UUGACAAGUGGUAAAAGAAAAGAAAGUGGGCAAUAAGCUGCAUCGAUUAACAAAAAAUUGUCGGCGAAUAACCUGUAACGGAGAAGAAAUCAUAUUGUCUCCCGCCAUCGCUGAGCGUUUUUUCGAUUUUGGCGCUUUCGCUUCAAUUAAAUUGGGGAAAGAAAAACGAAUUGCAGUGGAGAGUGGCAGGAAAACCCUAUCUACUGUGCAACCUUCCAAAGGAGGAUAGUCAAGCACUCUUCCUCCUAUUUUAUUCUAAAUUAUGCAUAUGUUUUCACAGUUCACGCGGGUUCGAAUCCUGAUGCAUUCGUUUCUAGGGUAUAAAUUUACAAAUACCACUCUCUUAGGGUAGUUAAGAUAACAAUGGAGGCUGCGAAGAGGGAAACAAGAAAACGCGCACUGGUGAAUCGAUGGAGAGAGCUGGAAGAUGAGGAGAAUGACCAGGAUGAUUCGCCAGUCUCGGACUUGGAAUUCCGGCGCCGCAAGGAACAAUGGUUCACAGAUGCUUAUAAUUUUUUGAUUAAGUUGCCAGAAGAGGUUCAUAUAUGGUGUGGUUAUGAAGAUGUAAUGUGGCCUCUUCUGGAGCCAUUUUGUAGUUAUUCUGAAUGCAAUGAAGAAGAGUUGUCUGUUAAGGUGCUCUGGAAGAGAAUUUGUGCAGAGCUUCGGAGAUGCACCCAAUGCAUUGUCCAGCAUCACAAAGCUCAGAAAAUAUACAAUUCUGAAUUUGAACACGAUACUGUUAAGCCUCUCCUUACUGUUCUGAAAGCUCUUGAUGAGGAAAGAGUAGCCGGCCAUCUUACAGAUAUUAAUUCAAGGGCGGAGAAGAAAGAAUUGAAUUCUGAAAAGGGUUAUGCAGAAGUUGUCAGUGUAUUGUUUGAGGUGUUGAUGUAUCCUGAUUUGCUAGAAGAUCAAGUUCUAGCUAAUGCAUUUGUUCCAUUUCUCAUCGAAGUUGAGAAGUCUCACGAGUUGACUCUUGCUGGAAAUCAACAAUAUCCGGGUGUUUAUGCUCUUUUGUUUCUUCGGAAAACGGAAGCCCGAGCAAUUGGUUUUCGACUUGCUGGAUAUCUUGGGAAAUUGAGGAAUGCAUCUGAUUUGGAGCCAAUACAGCCUUUGUUGAACAAGUGCAUAAAUUUUUUGGAUAAUUCUCCUUCUGAUAUUAGCAACUCAAGACCACGGAUUCAAUAUGAGCGCGAGUCAGUUUGGUUGGGUCUGAAAUCAUUAAUUGGUUUCCUUGAACCAUCGGCAUUUGAAGAGGGAAUUUUAGAACGCUACCCCAUUUUUCUCAGUGUAGUUCUUAAUCAUGUUAGCGACGAUAGUACAAAAAGCUUUUCACAUGCAGUUGAUUGUCUCAAGCUGUUAUUUGAAGUUCUAGGAUGCAAACUCUGGCUGAAAACAACAUUUUCACCUUCUGUCAUGCGGAACACUCUUUUAGGUCAGUGCUUUCACACAUGCAUGGAAAAGCAUCAUAAAGCAAUUUUUGACCUCUUUCAGCCAUUUCUACAGUCACUUGAGGCUUUGCAAGAUGGAGAAUUCGAAAGACAGCGUAGGCAUUUUCUAUAUUUUCUUCUUCACCAAGUUAGUCACAGCAGCAAUUUUAGUCUUCUAAUGAAGAAAAAGGCCUGUCAGGUGGCCAUUUCUAUCAUUGGGCGUGGCUACAGAUUGGAUCCUCCAUGUCCACCUUUUGAGUGUGCGCAUAUGUGGGGCCCAUCUGUAAUCCGUUCUGUGAUGGAUUCAUCACUUUACUCAUCUCUUCGUCAGCCUGCAUUUGAUCUCAUUCAGACUAUUAUUGUUGCUGAUGCAGCAGCUCUGGUUUCCUUGUGGGAAAAGAAGUGUAAUCAGCAUAUGUCUUUUGUGAAAACCUCUUGUGAGAUUGAUGGAGAUGAUGAUGACUCACAGCCAUUUAAUGAAGUAGAAGAAGCUGAUGUUAAUUGCUGGACAGAUUUCAAUAUGGUAGGAAGGUUAACAGCACAUGGUUGUGAAGAAUGGUUUUGUAUUCCACUUUUGUGGGUGGAUGUUUUAACUGGAAUUUCACCAUCAGCUUUACCUCUAUCGUUUUCAAAAUCUGUAAUGUGGGCUUUGUCAAGAUUUUCUGUGAUUGAACCUGAAAUUGACAGCUCAUCAACAAUGCCAGUGUCACAGUGGGUAUCAAUGUAUUUUGAGAAAAUUGGUACUUCUUUCAUGUGGGACAACCCCAAAGGUUGUGAUGAUGGUGCAGAUGGUAAGGGAUCGAUUAAUUCAGUGAAAGCUGCUCUUCAAUGUGUGGAUCUACUUAGACUAAUGAGAAGGUGCGGUUCAAAUUAUGCUAGUAAAAUUGAAGGUAGUGAACUUUACAAGCAGUGGACAUGGGAACCAAGGAUGAGUGAGACUGUCUGUCUGUUGUUAGUGGAUCCUGAUGAUUCUGUGAGGCAGGCUGGUAAAGUUAUUUUGGAGCAAGUUUCAAAUGCUCGGGGCCUUGCCAAUGGACUGCAAUUCCUUUGCUCAAGCCAGUCUUCUAUAUCUUCAAUGCUUUUGGGUUUAUGCUAUGCAAUAAAAAUGUUGAUGGCAGAUUCAAUUAUUUCAACAUCACGAGUUCUACAUCAUCUUUUUUUUGCCGUGUCUAAACUGCUAAUUUCUGGUGCGAGUGAUAAUAAAUGCGCAUACAAUGAGGAAGCUGAAUGCCGGUCCUCUUAUUCUCUAAAAGGAGGAUUCAUUCAGCCUUUAAUUUAUACUGCUUCGUCAACUCCAGUAAUGCUGAGAGCUUCAUCAAAUGAAAGGAAUGCAAACGCUUGGAAGAAACUAUGUGAGUUACUUUCAGAGAAUAUAUGGCCUCUCUUGUUAAAAUGUUUGAAAGAAGGGAAACAUUCAAUUCAAGAGAAAAUUUAUCAGAUGACAUUUGUCCGUGUGCUAGAGAUUCUUCCCUUAGUUGUUGGAUACAUGAGUUGUUCUCAGUUCAAAAAGUCACUUUUCCUUGACAUGACGGGGGAUUCUAGUUCAUCCAUGUCAAGAAUAGAGGAUGAUACUUGGUUUCAUGAUUUGAUUGACUGGGGCAAGUCUCAGCUGAUGGUGAUAGGGAGGCAUUGGAAGCUAGCAGUCUUUGGCAUAUUGAAGAUUGUUAAAGACUUCACAAGGGGUUCUACUCUGAAGGUUGUUAAUUCCAUUGAAACAAUGCUUGCCUCUGAUAAUAUUUCUGUAAAUCAUCUACGGGAGCAGCUAUCACUCCUUUUAAAGUCAAUUUCUGUAGAAAGUGCUACAUCUCAGAGAAAAACAGAGGAGCCUCUGAAGAGCAUAUUGACUCCUGGAGAUGACGUUUCCUGUAAGGAUGAUGAUGAUGUAGAAAUACUUGAUUUCAAGAGUAAAGUUGAUAUCAUUGUUCUAUCUGAUGACGAAGUGGAAAAAGACAGAGAGGUCUUGCUUCCUUCAAAGUCAUGUGCAGAAAGUGAGUUGCAACCGACACAAUCUCUUGAAAUGGAAAAAGUAGUACAUGGUUAUGAAGGAUCUUAUGAUUCUCAAUCAGAUAAGCAGAAUUCAAAGAAUAACACAGAGAAUGUUUCUUCAGUUAAAAACUCUAGUUUUAGUUGUCUUUUAGAUGGUGCCAUUAAUUCUACUAAUAAGUCUGCUAUAAAUGAGCCUCUAGUUGGGAGUGAGUCCUUUGAUAACAGAACUAUGUCUGUCCUACAACAUGAAAACAUGAAUAUGAAUGCUGCAGUUUGCAUGCAACAACCUGCAGUGGAAGAGCAUGUUUUGUGUCAUUCUCCUAUUAUUAACACUCAGGGAAAUGUUUCUAGUGGGGAAAGCCAAGACAAAAGCAAGAGCUUGGUUGUUUCUUCAAUUGGUAGGACAGAUUCGAUAUCUCAUGUUGUUCAGGACCAAAAUGACAAGUCUGAAAAUCUUACUAGAAACUCUAGUGUGCGUAAAAUGUCAACUGGUGUCAGAUCUAGUGAAGAUUUGCUUUUGAAGAAGUUGAUAGCUGAUGAUAAGUAUGAUCCUCUUGAAUUCGCUCUUGAUUCUGUAAAAAGUAUGCAGCCAUUAUCAAUAAAGCCUGCUGUUAGUUCAAAGCGUCAAUUAAUCUAUCUUGAGGCGCCACUGGAGCAAGACAAAAGUAGCUCUGAAAGGUUAGAUACCAGAAUGAAAAAGUAUAAACCUCCCAGACUUGAUGAAUGGUACAAACCAAUCCUAGAAUUAGACUACUUUGUUGUAGUUGGAAUAAGUCUUUCUGACAGUGAACCUGAGAAUUUACCAACAGCUCAGUUGACCGAAGUGCCUACUUCUUUCCUCUCAGCUGAUCAUUACAUGAAUGUCUUCCGGCCGUUGGUUCUGGAAGAGUUUAAAGCACAGCUAAGACAAUCAUUUGAAGAUGUAUCGUCACCAGAGGAAUUGUGUUGUGGUAAACUUCGGCUAUUGUCCUUAGAGAAAGUUGAUGACUUCCAACUUGUACGUUUCAUGGCAGAGAUUGGUGAAGAUGCUGCAUCCAGGGGCUGUUAUGAAAAUGACUUGGUUUUGCUUUCACGGCAACCUUUCCAGAGUGUGCAUCAGAAUGUUCAUAUGAUUGGAAAGGUAGAAAGAAGGGAAAGGGAUACUAAAAGCAGGUCAACUAUCCUGGUAUUGAGAUUAUACCUUCAUUCUGGUAUUAUUAGGCUUGCAAAAGCUAGAAGGCUUCUUAUUGAACGUAGUAAGUGGUGUGUAACUCGCCUUAUGAGCAUUACACCCCAGCUGCGAGAAUUCCAGGCACUGUCAGCUGCCAAAGAUCUUUCUUUACUUUCUAUCAUUCUAAAUCCACAGACAGCCGCAAUUAAACUUGCUCACUUUCAUAAUCAGGCCCAAGCAACUGACCUAAAAAUGCUUCCAGAACCAUUGAAGGAGCGUCUAGUGGAAGCCUUUAAUGAGAGUCAACUUAAAGCAAUCAGUCUUGUUCUUGAUCAAAAUCUAUCACAGGGGAAUUUUCGAUUAUCUCUGAUUCAGGGACCCCCAGGGACUGGGAAAACAAGAACUAUUCUUGCCAUUGUGAGUGUGCUGCUUGCCAUUAAUAAAAUUUCAAACAAAGGUAUGGCAAGGGGUAAUUUCUCUUCAAAAAAUGCUACUUCUUCAUGUCAGUUUCGAGGGAAACAGUCAGUGAGUCAGUCUGUUGCAAUAGCAAGGUCCUGGCAAGAUGCUGCUCUCGCUAGACAGCUAACAAAAGAUGCUAACAACUUUCCUUCUAAAUCUUUCGGGAUGGAAGGGCCAAGAACAGCAAGAGUUCUUAUUUGUGCUCAGUCUAAUGCAGCUGUUGAUGAAUUAGUAUCAAGAUUAUGCAAACACGGGCUUUAUGACAUCGACGGUAAAAUUUUUAAACCAUACAUAGUAAGAGUGGGCAAUGCAAAAACAGUACACCCAGACUCACUUCCUGUUUUCAUCGAGACACUAGUUGAACAGCGUUUAGGUGAGAAAAAGCAGAAUGAAGCUGAUUCUCAAAAUGAUGAGGCACAUAAAUUUACUGCAGUACUUAGAGCUAAGCUUGAGAAGCUGGUGGAUAAAAUACAGUUAUAUGAAGCCCAACGCUCUCGUCUGCAAGAUGAACAAUCAAAUAGAAGUCCAAUUGAAGAUGAUGGAACACAUAAAGAUAAUGAUAAUGUAUUUAAGUCAGAGGUGGAAUUGAAGGCAAAAUUGAACAUUUUGUACAAGCAGAAAAGGGGAGUUUGUACAGAACUUGCUGCUGCCGAAGGAAAAGAGAAGAAAGCUUUUGAGGAGAACAAGGCUAUAAAACAGGAACUACGAAGAGCUAUUAUUAGAGAGGCAGAGGUAGUUGUGACUACGUUGAGUGGCUGCGGAGGUGAUAUAUACUCUGCUUGCAUUGAAUCUGCCUCCCGUAACAGAAAUGGCAAAGCAGCUGGUGAUUCCUUGUUUGAUGCAGUGGUGAUAGAUGAAGCUGCCCAGGCUUUAGAACCAGCAACUCUUAUCCCUCUACAACUUCUGAAACUGACGAGUGCUAGAUGUGUGAUGGUUGGUGACCCAAAGCAGCUUCCUGCAACUGUUCUAUCACGGCUUGCUAGCAAGUUUUCAUAUGAAUGCAGCAUGUUUGAACGCCUACAACGAGCAGGUUACCCUGUAACAAUGCUUAGCACUCAGUAUCGCAUGCAUCCAGAGAUAUGCUGUUUUCCAUCUGCUCAUUUUUAUGACAAUCAAUUAAAGGAUGGAGGUAUAAAGGAAAGCAGGUCGGCAGCAUUUCAUGAGAAUUUUUACCUUGGUCCCUAUUUGUUUUAUGAUGUUGUCGAUGGCUAUGAGGAAAGUGGAAGAUCAAUCAGAUCUCAAUCCCUUUGCAAUGAAGCAGAAGUUGAUGUUGUCUUGGAGAUUUUGAGGUUUCUAAAAUCAAGGUAUCCAUUGGAGUUUCUCCCUGGAAGGAUUGGAAUAAUUACACCCUACAAACAACAGGUUACAUUUUUAAGGCAGAGGGUUAUGAAGGAGUUUGGACCAAGCAUUGCUGGAGAAAUGGAGUUUAAUACUGUUGAUGGUUUUCAAGGGCGUGAAGUGGAUGUUCUUAUAUUUUCAACUGUACGGGCUUCAUCAAAAGAUGUGGUAAGGCAAACUUCAAAUCCAGGUAGUAUUGGAUUCGUCUCUGAUGUCAGGCGGAUGAAUGUUGCUUUGACACGAGCCAAACUUUCAUUGUGGAUUAUUGGACAUGCUAGGACAUUGCAACGAAGCCCUCACUGGAAAGCCUUGCUCAAGAAUGCAAAGGAAAGGAAUUUGCUUUUAUCAAUUCUGAAGCCAUACAAAUCUAUAUUUUGCAAUGCACAGACAGGUUCUUUAUCAAAAAAAUAUCUUGCCAGUGACUCUAGCAUUAAACAGGCGUCAACAGAGAAAAUGCACGAUUGGAGUAAGAUUUCAGGGAAGCAAUUAAGAAAGGACAUGAGUAAACAUGAUGCAGGUAAUAUGCAAAGUGAGCAGAGCCAAACAAAUCAGGUGGAAGAGAGUCCACUUUUGAGUCCAGGAAGGAAUAUGGAAAAACAUGCACAGAGCAACAUGUAUGGGAAUUGGGAAAAUGAGAAAUUACAUACAGAAGUAAAUAUAGCAUCAGGUCUUGGGAAGUAUGGCAAAAUGAGUAAUGACUCAAAAGACAAAGCUAAUGAAAACAAUGGACAGAAAACACAAAACAGGAAUUUUACUGACAGAAGUGAUAUUAUUUAUAGAAACAAAACAACAAUAGAAAGGACAGGGAAGAGUGACAGAAGUACUAAAUUAAACAUGGAGAAACAUUGCUCUCUGGAGAGAGAUAAUAAAGCCUCUAUGCCUGAUAAAUCUAAACCUCAGGCUAAAAGAAUUUCAAAAGAAAGUGCUACAGUUAAAGAAAAACAUUUAUUGGUGAAGCAUAAACAUGACAAAAAGAAUGUUAGAAUAGGCAUGAAACCAAAUCAGUUCAUUUCUGCUCAUAGUGAAUUCAUUAAAACAAAUGCAUUACCGGCAUCAAGAGAGUCAUCAUUGCAGCAAAGCAUUGGGAUCCGAAAUCCAGGAGAAUCCAGUGGUGAGCUUCAUGAUCAGAAUAAAGUCAAUGAUACUUUACACCAGCAAGUCUGUCAAAGUUCGAAGGCCAGUUAUAUUGAAAGCCGUAAACGGCAGCGUGAUGCAGUUAAUGCCAUUUUACCUGGAGCAUUUUUUCCUUCCAAGAGACCUAAUGUUACAGAGACAAUAUUACAGCCAAAAUCCACCACUUCAGCCCAAGACAAAUUAGAUAUGCAAAGUACAAGUAAACCUGAAGCUGCUCAUCAUCAAAAGCAAAGAGUAGAAGUUUCAUCUCAAAAUUCAUCUGGCGGGAAGGAUCGAUUGUCUGAAGAAUGGGAGCUUUUUGAGAAGAAACUAGCUGAAUCUAAAAAUGCCGUCCAGUCAAGUAGAGGCUUGUCAAUAGGGACAUCUACAUUACCCACGAACAACAGAGUGGGGUAGUUAGUUUUUUGAGAUUCAAAUGAAAGCAUGGAAAUUCAUAAAAUAUGAAGAGCAUCAUCGUAUCUAGUUACCAAUGUGUAACCUGAGCACGGGUGCUGCGGGUGCUGGGCACUAUUUUGAGGAACUAGCUGAUCAAGGGUAGACAAGAAUAUGUAGUUCAAAUUCUCCACUGUAACAUCAAUUUGUAUCAAUGUGUACGCUCUGCAUAUCUCUUCUGGGUUUUGAUUCUUGAGGACUGCAGGGUGUAGCAUGUCCAGUGAUUAGUUCCAAGGAAAUUGUAAUAUAAUGCUGAAAAUAUCGUAUUUUUUUGCCCUAGUGGGGCUUGAUGUAAUAAUUGGGUCGGCAAGAUCUGCAACCAGUAUUUUUCAUUCUGUUGCAGGAAAUUCGCCUGUCCAGCGUUUCUUAAAAUUUGUAUUUUCAAGUAGAUACAUUAGUUUCCACUCUGUAUUGCGUUUAGUGCUAAAACAAAAAUUGCUGAUUAUUGUA